CGAGCUUUCAUUAACUUUCAUUUAUGAAAUUACUUGUGAAAAGAGAAGAAUUCUUAUAUAAAAAUAACUGAUAUGUCACGAAAUAUCAAUAGACUGAUUGUCCAGAUCAUGGUUCGUCAACCACCGGCGCCGCUAUGUAUGUCGUUGAGGUUAUAUGCAAGGUGGUCACACAGAUCACCCGCGAAAGUAUUGUUGCCUUACAAAGAAAACCCAAAUCUCAAAAAGGAAAAGGUCAUUGACUUAGAUCCUUCCAUUAUAAAAAAGUCACAUGGUAGAGAAAGUGUUUUGAAUGUCGAAGACGAUAAUGCAAAACAGCCCGAAAGGCGUAAACAAUCUACUCUUCCACCAGAAAAAUCAACACAAAUUAAACAAAAACGCGAAGAAAAUUUGAAGAAACGUAAAUUCUAUCUCAGCCAACAGAAAGUAUUUGAUGAUAAAGGUGAUAUUAUCUAUGAAAAGCUGAAAGAAAGUGAUGGCCGCAUUAGUACCCUGUUAGUAAAGCUGAAAUCAAAAAAAGAAAGGUUGAGAUUAGGCCAGACAUUGGUAGAAGGUUGGAGACUGAUCACAGAUGGAUUAGAGGCUAAAUGUAAAUUGAAAUAUGUCAUCUUCAGUAGGACAGAAGAAUUGAACAAAUUAAAACCUUUUUUGCCUAAAACUGGUGUUAUUUUCUAUAAAGUAUCUUACAAAGAAAUGCAGCUCUGGUCUGAUGUGGAAACAAGUCCAGGAAUUUUUGGUGUAUUUGAAACUCCGACUCCAGAAAAUGUAAAGAUGUUAUCAAAACCUCUACCGCUUCACUUUAUCUGUGAUAACAUAAGAGUACCCGGGAAUUUGGGAGCGAUCUUGCGUGUGGCUGUUGGUGCUGGCUGUGAGAAAGUUUUACUAUCAAAAGGUUGUGUUGAUGUAUGGGACCCUAAGGUCAUAAGAAGUGCAGCAGGAGCUCACUUCAGACUACCAAUAUACCAUUCCAUAGACUGGAAUGAAAUGCCCAGUCAUCUUGAAAAAAACACUUCAAUAUUUGUUGCUGAUAGCAACACCACAUCUACUAGUGAAGGUGAUGGAGAAGAAAUAGAAAAUUUUGAAAGAAAUCAGUUGCCAGUGUUGCCAUAUUAUGGUGUUGAAUUUUCCACUUUGCCACAUACUACUUUAAUAAUUGGUGGGGAAACUGAAGGGAUAAGUCAAGAUAGUUAUUCGUUAGCAACAACGAAAAAUGGUGUUAGAUUGAAUAUUCCUUUACAAAGAGGUGUAGACAGUUUGAACACAGGAAUGGCCACAGCAGUAAUAGCAUUUGAAAUAAGAAAACAACUCAUACAAACUUGGACAAAGGAAAAACUAUCAAGGCAAAUGUUGCAAUCUAAUUAAAACUUUAUAAUGUAGUUCUUAAGGUUGUUAUUAGUUUGUAGUAUAGUUUUAGUUGUUAUGAAUGAAAAAUAUACUAUAAGUUUA